AGGCCAAGUUCAAAGUCAUCCGCACCUCGAAACAGGCAACCCAUCAUAUGGCGGCCCACAGCUGCUCGUCACGCUUCCACAGCGCCAUUUCUCCCGCUGAGGAGAACCUGGCCGCUUUUCUUUCCCAGAUGGACACUUCCGAGUUUGGUUGAUGUCCGCCGCUCGCUUUCUCGUGUUUCCCAACCCAACAGUUUCGGCUCCAAGCAGGCCGGAAUGCCCUUCUACGCCAACACGCCCGAGUCCCGGCUGGGCCGCUCCGACUCCAAGAACCCGUCGACAACAUGCAGAGGCAUCACCUCGAGCGGACGUCCAUGCCGGCGCCCGAUCGCCACACCGGGCCCCCCUUCGAACAGCUCGCGCCUAAAGCCGUCGAGCGUCCGCACCGAUGACCCGACCGACGAGAAUCUGUACUGCUGGCAGCACAAGGACCAGGCGAGUGCCUCGGCGAAGUCGAGCCCGGGCCCUAGGAUGUCCCACACGCCAGUUCUCGAGGAACGAACGAGUUUGGACACGCUAGCCGACCGCUUGGGCCUCAUCCGCACUUGGUCUGACAAGCUCCAACCGCCCCCGAAGGGAUCCGGACGGUCUAAUGGCAAUGGAAAUGGGAAGCGUUCAGCCAAGAUGGCACGCCCGAAGCCGAGAAAGGAGGCCACAUUCUGCUUCUGCUUCCGCAUCCCCGUCGACGAGAUCGGUCCCCCUCCGCGUCCAAGGCCACACCCAAUUCAGCCCACCUCUGUGUCCACUCCGUCCAGACCUAGCGAAAAGAAACCCUCCGGCCAAUAUCUGUCGCCCUCCCCGUCCCCUGGCCGCCGGGCCCUCCGAACCUCGGAAGCCUCCCAAACCGCACACUUCAUGUCCUUGAUCCCACCAGACACUUCCCCGCAGACCGCCUCCCAGCUCCUCGCCGAGUUCGCCAAACCAGUCUCGCAGCAAGACGAGCCCGGCUACAUCUACAUCUUCUGGCUCACAUCCGAGGCCCAACCAGCUACCCCGCCGGCCGAAGCAGCCCGCUCGUUGCUCGCGCCGCCCUCCACACCAGCUACCCGCAGCAGAGCAGGAGGCAGGCGACCCAGCGACGUGCUCGCCUCGUUCGCCACAAUCGCCGACGACGAGGAUGGCUCUUUGCCGUCCGACAGUGGUCACAGCAAGGCCAGGGGCAUGAAGAAGAAAAGGAAGAUCCUUCUCAAAAUAGGCCGCGCCACAAACGUCCAGCGCCGCCUCAACGAAUGGCAGCGCCAGUGCGGGUACAACCUCUCGCUAAUCCGCUACUACCCCUAUAUUCCCUCCUCCCCGUCCUCGCGUAUCCCCAGCCCGACUCCAAGCCCUAGACGGGGUGAUGGUGACGACGGGGAGGUAAUGCCGCGAAAGAUGCCGCACUCGCACAAGGUCGAGAGACUGGUGCAUAUCGAAUUGGCCGGCCGCGGACUGAGGGUGGCUGACCGGGAGAGAUGUGAGGCCUGCGGGCGGGAGCAUCGCGAGUGGUUCGAGGUGAAGGCGUCGCGGGAGGCGGUGAAGGCGGUGGACGAGGUUGUGAGGAGGUGGGUGGAGUGGGAUGAAGGGUUUGUUUGGUAAUGGGCUGAUGUUUAGCUCGUGGGAACAUGAAAUCGAUGCGUUGGGUGGUAACUACGGUACGCGUUGUGGUUGGCUGUAAAAGGAGUUUGAGCAUGGCAUUGGCGUUUGCUGAUUGGUGCUGUUGCGGGAAUCGGCAGGUCUUGACACAUCACCUCAAUUCAGUCUUAAUUGUCUCUUGGGCUUCGUCAAACAGACUUUGGCCGCCAGAACCUUCGCAGCGGAACUACCCAACCACAAAGAGUG